UAUUUGUGUGUACCUGAAUAAACUUAGUUAUUGUAGUGUGCAGAGUGAUGUUCACUUGAGCCAGACUGAACCUGGGUCCGCCAUGUUGCUUUAUCUCUCUUGUUAGUCCACCUUCCUCACGCAAGAUGCCCCGCGUUAAAGGUGAGAAGAGUCAGUCUGCCAUUGACAAGGUGGUGACCCGAGAAUACACCAUCAACAUGCAUAAGAGACUGUAUGGCAUUUCUUUUAAGAGAAGAGCUCCCCGUGCCAUUAAGGAAAUUCGCAAGUUUGCCAAGAAACAAAUGAACACCGAAGAUGUGCGUAUUGACACCAGAUUAAACAAGCACAUCUGGUGCCGUGGCAUCAGGAAUGUUCCUUUCCGGAUUCGUGUUCGUCUCUCACGUCGUCGUAAUGAAGAUGAAGAUUCAACACAUCCCUUCUACACUCUAGUUACAUUUGUGCCUGUUGCUUCAUUCAAAGGACUUGGAACUGAAAAUGUUGAUGAAGGUUCUGAUGAUUAAAUAAAUCAAUAAAAAUAUAAGGAAG